AUGGACAGCAUCGGCCUCAAUGACCAAGACAAUAUGCUCAUUUAUCAAGAGGUCACAAAAACUGACAUGGACGUCUUCAGCCAUGAUGAGGAGGAUAUCAUGAAUAUUGACCAAGAUGGCUCAAACAAUGAUAUGGAAUGGACAUCUUCAGCGUUGAUGAAGAUGAUGAGAUUAUGGCAUAGGAAGGCAUUUGGAUGUAAAGAGAACACUCCAGGUCUCUCAGACCCAAUUACUCUUUUCCUCAGCCCAGGUGGAAUACUUGAGAUACUGGCUGCAUGCCAUGGGUCUUACCAAAAACCUCAUAUCUCUUCCUUACUCUGA